CCUAAUAAUAAGAACUUUGGUAACAGCGGAAUUAUUUUCAUCAGUUGUCGAGGAGCUCAAAGGUUCGAGCCGUGACUUUCUAUUUUCCGUCUCAAUUUUUUUUCCGUCUUCUUCAACUAGAAAAUCAUGAAGAAAGAUAGCUCGGAUUCUUCCCCGGUAAAGCGUAGGUUUGCUCCCAAAGCCCGAGCUGGCAGGAAGCCCAAAUCUAUACCUCCAAAAAGUAAACUGAACAUUGAAGAAGAUAAUGAUAACGAAAAAGAUGAAGAAGCUACCCAGGCACAGACCUUGCUGCGUGAAUUCAACGAAAGUCUCAAAAGACGAGGACCUAAAGUUGAAAAGAAGUCCCAAGUUGUAUUUGGUCCUGGGGCGACAUCAUCUCCCAUAAGGUCAUUUGGGGUACCUAAAGAUGGAAGCACUAGUAGUAAAAGUCGUGACUUAGACCUCAACGAGUCUGAUGGUGAUGCACAAAUUCCCUUCUACUUGCCCUCAAAAAGUUCUGAAUCUGCAGUAACAUUUCAUGAUUCCACCAACAAAUCAACUCGAAGUAGCAAGAAAGAAUAUAUUGAACCCUGGGAUUACAACAGUUACUAUCCAACUGUCCUUCCUCUGAGGAAGCCUUACUCUGGAAAUCCAGAUCAUCUUAACAAAAUCGAAUUUGGGGAAGCUGCUACAAAUGCUGAGUAUGAUGAGGAUGCUACCAAUGCUGCUUCAGAACUUGGAUUGAUGGAGGAAAAUACAGAAGGAAAUAUGUUUUGGUUCCAGUUUCCCCGCAUUCUGCCAACAGUUAAGCAAUCAGCUAGUAUUAAGGGAAAAGAGAAAAUUGGAUCAUCAAUAUCAUCACCGGGUCCAAGUGCUUCAAGCAAAGGCGCUAAAUUGGAAGAGUUACCAAAGGGACAUGUGGGGAAAAUGCUGGUUUACAAGAGUGGAGCAGUCAAGUUGAAGCUUGGGGAUGUCCUUUAUGAUGUUUCACCUGGAACUAAUGUGAUAUCAGCUGAAGAUGUUGUGGCAAUCAACCCUACAGAGAAGCAGUGUGGUCUUCUUGGAGAGAUCUCCAAACGAGUUGUGGUAUCCGCUGAUAUUAAUUCCCUUUUGAAUUCAGUGAUUGACUUGGGCUAAACGAGUUGUAUAUUCUGAAGGUAGAGCUAGUAAAUGCAAUGUAUAUGUAUCUGGGA